AUGGGGGAAGUGGUGAGACGGCGCCCCAUCAUUGCUGGCAGGGAAAGAGGGCCCGGACCGGGGCGUUAUGCUCUUCCGCCCACUGUCGGUUACAUAAACCAUGACUACACCAAACCCAGCAGCCCGGCCUAUUCCUUCCACAGCCGCAUGAGCAGCAACAUGGUGUCUGUGGAUUCCAGUCCAGGACCACAGUAUCAUGUAGAUGCCAAAAUGACACGCUUUGGCAGAGACGGUACCCCAUCGUACUCCAUGCUGGGCAAAAAGAAGAAGACAGCUGAUACAUUCCAGACUCCUGGACCUGGAGCUUACAGUCCUGAGAAAGCUCCACCUUUGAACCUUCACCACAGACCUCCGUCUUACACCAUGGCCUUCCGUACACGUUACCGCAUUGUGGAUCCUGUACCGCCCCCCAACCGCUACACCUUACCCAACCUCUUCAGCUCUCACGUUCCCCACAAACCCUCCAGCGCCAGCUUCACCAUGUCAGCACGCAGGAAAGCAGGCGGCCCAUCAGAGGACCUGUCCAUGACCCCAGGGCCCAGCCGUUACAACAGAACAGAUCCGAGCAUUUACCUGAACAGACAGCCUUCUUUCUCCAUGCAAAGCCGUUCUAAUAUUCCCACCGAUGCCACUUCGAAGCCUGGCCCAGGCACACACAGCCCAGAAAAGGUGACGGCACACCUGCAUCGUGCACCGUCUUUCUCCAUGGGUGUUCGUCACUCAGAGUUUGUAACACCACUGAUUGUUGACGUAUUAGACUGA